AGAGGUCUGCGCAGAGGAGACUCGCCACAAAGACAAGACGCUCUCAGGAGAAGCGUCAACAUCGGUCUUGUCGAUUGGGUGAAGAGUUCUGUGACCAUGUCGACGAUGAAAAUGGACAGUUUUUGUAACAAAUUUCAAGCGAAUAUUUUCAAUAAAAGUAAAUGUCAAAAUUGCUUCAAAUCCCGUGAACUACACCUCAGGACAAACGAGGACUUCAGUCAGGCCAAGCCUAUUUAUGGGGGUUGGUUGUGUCUUGCACCAGAAGGGACUGACUUUGGAAACCCAGCACAGCGAUCAAGGAAAUGGCAGCGCAGAUUCUUCAUUCUGUAUGAACAUGGCAGCCUGCAUUUCGCUUUGGAUGAGUCGCCAAGCACUCUUCCACAAGGGACGGUGAACAUGAACCUGUGCACAGAUGUGGUGGACGCCGAGCCAAAGACGGGCCAGAGGAACGCUCUGUGCAUCAUCACCCCCGACCAAGAGGUCUUCAUCCGGGGAGACAACAAGGACAUCAUCAAUGGGUGGUGUGAGCAGCUGGUGGCCUACCCAGACACCAACAAGCAGAACCGCAAGAACACCAGGAGCAAACACAUGGCCCUUAUUGGCACACAGGUGCCCGGGGGCGGGAGGCAGCCGGGGGUCAAAAAUGGCAUCUUGGCGGACGCGUCAAAGGAGAACAGGAUCCAUGGCUCAGAUGACAACAAGGUAACCCAAGUUGACUCCACCAGCCAGACAAUCGCUCACCCAGGCCCAGCACUGGAUGAAGCGUCCCACCGUGAAGCCAUCGUACCUCCACAGAAGAGCGAUGUUCUGUCCACUCUCGUCGGUGGUCUGGGUGCUGGACGCCCAGGAGAGGAGGACCUCACAUCAUCUCUCUCUGCCCCUGCCUCCUCCCUGCUCACAGCUCCUCAAAGGCGGCCAGAUCCAUCAGAGACCGAGAAUCCAAAUGGCCACUCUUUGGAUUUCCACACACUCUCGUCAGCUGCUCCAAGCCCCAUUUGUGCAAGCAGUCCCCGGGCUCGGCGAGCAGAGAGGAGGGCUGGUCAGACGGAGCUCUCUUCUGGCCUGCAGAAAAGCGAUAAUCCAGUUGAGGGGAUGUUUGGGAGAGGUCAAGCCGGGGCACCAGCGGAAGCCAGUGCCGUCAGCAGCAACCAGCAGGCCAGAACUCGGCUACAGCCCGACUCUACACACAGACCGAAAAGUUCUGAUGCACUCCACGUACCCUUGUUAGCUGAGAAAAGAGCACAGUCACCUGACCACCGCAUCUCGGAGUCUUUCAUGACGCCUGAUCUGCUGAACUUCAAGAAAGGUUGGCUGAUGGUUUUGGACAAACAGAAUGAGUGGAAAAAGAACUGGUUUGUCCUGUCCACUCACAACCUGCGCUACUACAAGGAUGCCGUGGCAGAGGAGGCGUCUGAGCUGAUGGGGGAGAUAGAGCUUACCACGUGCCAUCAGGUCACUGACCACCAAGUCCAAAGGAACUACGGCUUCCAGAUUCACACCCAGACGAUGGUGCACACCUUGGCAGCAAUGACUGCAGGCAUCCGCCGGAACUGGAUCCAAGCCCUGGCCAAAAAUGUGCGGCCCUCCACCACACCUGAUGCCAUCAUGAGCCUCUCCGAUGACCUUGGCCCUUUCGGCUCCUCGUCGGUCACCCUGUGCGAGCCGGACCUGACUCGUGACUCACUCUCCCCUGAGGUGUCGGCCAAGAUGCGGCAGGCAGCCAAACGACGCUACAGUCACCACAGGAGACGUGAGGGAGGCCCGGCGGCCAAAACGUACGGUGGCGGCAGAAGUGGAGGCCCCGCCGCACCGCCCAGACACACGCUGGCCGCCGCCGUCGACGAGCCGGACCAGAGGGAGGUGCCUGUGGAGGUGUGGUCGGUGGAGAGGAGGCGCAGGAGACGUGAGGAGCGCAGGAAGCGAUACGAGAGCGUCAUGGGCCUGGUUCUGAAGCCUGGUUCUCCUCCUGUGGUGGAGGUGCUGAAGACCCGGAGAGGCGUAGAUGUAGAUGUAGGUGUGGGUAUCCCCCUUCUGGGGCUCCUGGAGGAGCAGCAGCGGGAGCAGAGGGUGCAGGAGAUCGAGGAGCGCUGGCAGCAGGUGGAGAAGGCAGCCAUACGGCAGGAGAGGAGGGUGCCGCUCUACCCAGAAACCCCCGCCAAGGACAUGGGCCAGCUGGAGAGGCUGUUGCAUAACUACAAGAGAAGAGUGAGUCUGCCUUGUCGUGAUUAUGAUCUACUACUACUGAACGGUUCUCAGACAAGAUGCAUAGUGUUAAGGGGAGGUCAGUGUGUUACUGUGAGUUUUGUGUGUCUCUCCCAGGUAGAGGAGCUGACUAUUGAAUUGACGGAAUCUUCAGGGCUGAGCACUGCACUGGAGGAACCAAUGAGUUCUUCUUGGAACUUUCAGCUAGAAAGCCAUAAUGUCCCGAAGAGUGGAGCAAUCCCUGUGAAGAUGGACUCGCUGCUUUUCAGUAGCCACGUCUCAAGUCUAACAGACAAGUACAGAGAGACCAAGGAGCUGCUCAGGUUGGAGGAGAUACGAAGACAACGCAUGCAGGAGCAGCUUGGCCUUGCUCCAUCUGCUAAACAGUGCGACAGUGGCACUGAUGACAGACCAGGAAGAAACAGCCUUGAGUCUGGCUGUCCAGAACUGCUCGAACAUCUCAGCUUCACAAGCUUUGAGGAGCUUUGCUCUUCCUCUGUGACACAGGCGAAGCAGGCUCCUGGGGAGAACGACGAGGCAGAAAGCCGCCUUCGAUCGGAGGCAGAAAAGGGGCUUGCUCAGGAAGUGUUGUCACUGACCCGUCAAAAUGAAGCGCUCAACCAGCGCAACCAGGAGAUGGUGCACCAGCUCACCGAAGCCGACCGAGAGAUAGAACGACUCCGGCUGGAGCUCUGCGAGAGGCAAGAUGGCCGACCUAGUUGUUCUUCUGACCUGGAAGAGCUGAGCAGGGCCAGGGUGGUGGAGGGCCUGGAAAAUACGCUGAGGGAGAAAUGUGCGGAGCUACAGGAAAUGCAAGCCCAGCUGGCUAAUCAGACUGACAGGCUGAUGGACACCUUAAGACAGCUGCAGAUGAAGGAGGAGGCACUGGAGGAUAAGCGCUGUCAAGAGUGCUCAAAAGCAGAUCACUCGCACAGAAAGCAGCAUCAUCAGCAGGUCUCAGACAUCCAGCAGGAAGAAGACUGUCUUGACUGUGGUGGAGGAGAGUUGUGCAUCCUGGAGUCCCAGGACCGGGAAACCCUUGACCCAGAGAUGCCACUCUGUUGCCUCGGAGAUGAGGUCACCCAGUCACAGAUGGUCCUAGAUGCGAAGAGAACCGAUGAGUGUGAAACUGUGGAGCAGGCUAGCGGCAAUGGACUCCGUCCAGAGAAGGAGGCCAGUGUUCACAGUUUGGUGGACGCGCUCCAAACAAGGUCUGAAACACUUGGCAGGCUGCUGCAGUUGACUGGGGAGACUGAUACAAAGGACAGCGGCAGCACAGGCAAAUCAGAGGGACAGGAAGCUGGCGUGAGUCGGAGCAUUACCACGCGGCGGCUCCGUUUGGAGGAGGAGGUCUGGGCAACUCUAUUUGACCACCUCAAAUCCCACCGGACGCGCCACCAUGCUGAUGAGGACGUUUUUGGCAGGCUGACGGCCGAGCAGGCCGGGGCCAAGCUGGAGGAAAUGAAACUGCUUCUUGUCGCACAUGGGCAUUUCUCUUCCUCCUCGCCGAUCGAUUCACAGAUCGUUUGCACGGCAACUCCUGCCUCCUGCUCUUCUCACCUGACAAAUGAGUGCUCAGUUCCCCCAGAAACGUCAAACAUCAUCAGCAGGACGGAAAGCCCUGAGUUUUCAGACGAGGAGGUGUUGCGCCGGACAGAGAGGGAGAGGAUAUUGGGUCUAUACAGCCGGCUUUGCAAUGGCAGCCUUGGGACGAGCCUGAGGGAAAGUGUGCUGACCAAAACCUACCUGCUGAACUGCAUGGCCUCCAGGCUCGAGUCUUCUGCAGACACUGAGCUGAGAGCCACAGCAGAAGGCCUGUGUUCACUGUGGAGUAGGCAAGCGGAGCCGGGGCCUCUGUACCAUCGGGACAUGGGCUCGGAGCUUCUCUGCGUCUACCUGGUGAGUCAGAUUGAGACUGUACAAGAGGAAGCUGUGCAGACCGAGACUGGUCUGUGCGGGGGUGAAGAGACCUGCGAGAACUGUCAGCUGCUGAAGCGGGCCAAUGAGGAGCUCCGUGCCAGGCUGUCGGACUUGUUGUCUCAGAGGUCACAAGGUCAAAUUAGAAGUGAAAAGUUGCAGUUGGUUUCAGGAUGUGCGUCGGAAUGUGCUCAGAUGACAACCGGUGUGGAACAGGAGAUGCAGGGGAACCCUCUUCAAAGCUGCAACUCUGGACCGAUGCAAACAGAGACACUUGGGGAACUUGUGGCAGACACUGAGGACAAUGAGAACUCCCUAAGUGCUGCUCAAGACUCACCAGUGCAGGAUGCAGAGGGCAAUGCUGUGACUCCCAUCGUGGCCUCCAUACAUGGAGAACUAGAGCCGGGUUAUGGGAAUCCCAGGAGAGAGGAGAAGCUGACUGAUGGAAGUAGGGAUGAGUGUGAUGGAAGUUCAGCUCUUCAAGAGCAACAGAGGAGAGAUUUGGAAAGUCUGAGGGCGACAUGUGAGCAGGGCUUGUUGGCCAUGGAGGGGGCUCACCAGAGGGCCCAGGCAGAGCUACGACUGCAGCACCAGAGAGAGCUGGCUCUGCUCCAGCAGGACAAGGAGAAGCUGCUGGCUGAGGAGGCAGCUGCCACCCAGGCAGCAAUUGAGGCCAUGAAGAGAGCGUAUCAGAAGGAGCUAGAGAAGGUUCUGCAGGAUACGCAGGUAGAACAGAGCACCAUGGGAAAUGCAGAUGUGGAGGAGAUCCUCAAGAGACACAGAGAGGAGCUGUGCUGUAGUCGUGAGGAGCUGGAGGUGUUGUCUCAGCAGUACUCUCUCAAGUGUCUAGAGAGUGCCCACCUGGCUCAGGCCCUGGAGGCUGAGAGACGCGCCCUGCAGCAGUGCCAACGCCAGUACCAGGACAUCAGCGCCCGACACCAGGAGUUGAGUGGUGGUCUUGCAGGUGUGGACAUCUUGCCGUCUUCCCUCUGCAUAGAUGCUGCUGAUCCCAUUCAGAGAGAGAAGAUUUUGUACGAGUUGCAGAUUGGUCUGCAUGUGAAGCGAGCUGAAGUGGACUUCCUGACACAGGAGAUUGGCUCCCUCAAGGAGGAACUGCAGGCGGCCCAGAGAGACAAGCGGUAUGCCACUGAGAGGUGCUCUGACAUGCACACAGAGCUGAGCGUGAUGAGGGCUCGGGCCCAGCGCGACAUUGAGGAGCUGAGGGAGCACCUGAGGCUGGCCCACCGAGCCCUGGAGGCCUGCUCAGCCCAGGAGGACCUGGACACGCUAGAUAACCACUGAAGGCUUUUUGAACCCCAAAGAGUGGACAAAGUUGGAGGGAGGGUAGAUGCUACCAAGUCUCCACACCCAAAUGCUUAGCUCUUAACAUGGUGCACUUUCUUGAAAUAGAUGUGUACUGUACAUGAAGUACUCAAAGCAGAGUCCCUGUGCACAACCACUUCCCAGGUGCUGGUGAUGUGCAAUCAAAGUAAUCCAAGAGGGAUAAAUCACCGUACACUGGUCUUCUUUGUUGGUAGUUUAUUAAGUUUCUUUUCCUUUGUACAUUCAUUUUAGAUGGUCCAUUUUUAGAAAGUGCACUCAACUUCAAACUGUUUUUUACAAGGUCUUUGGGUGUGAUCGAACAGAUUUGUAAUUUUUUGUAGAAAAGCUGUGCGAGUGUAAUUCUUGUAUUUUCAUUGUAGUAGGCUUCUAAAGCUUAGGGCGAAACGUCUGUCUGUCUUCCUAACCCACUAAAAUACAAUGCAAGAAUUGCACUAGAGGGUGGCUUUUGUACAAAAAACACUUAUUUUUGGAUGACCUGCUGGCAGUACCGUAGGAAGCAUGGCAAUGAAACUGAACAAACCAUGAGAGACUAAUUUGGUGACGUUUUUCAUGUCCGAAUUGCCAAGACAACCCUAUGCAAUGUAUUAUACCACUAUGUACAGUUAGUAAAAUGUUUAUUCUUUGUAUAGUUUGAAAAUGUAUAGAAUGUGUAGAGAUAGAUCAUUUCAAUCAGUAUCAGUGUUCUAAAAUAUUUGUUGCUGCAAGUUCUACCUUUUUUGUUAAUUCAGUGUGUAAAUAGGUUCCACAUGCCCAUUUUAUAUGCUUUACUAUGCUUAGCCUUUGAUGGAGGUGUAUAGAGCUUUGUAAUAAAAUAUUUUUUAAAACA